AUGUUUUGUGUGAAGAGAUGUUUGACUCGUGUCUCGAGUGAAACAAUCCGAAGACAAUCGCAUGUAUUGUCCGCUCAAACAGUUCUGGGAAUCGAGACAUCAUGUGAUGAGACGGGGAUAGCAGUGGUCGACAGCGACCGACAAAUACGAUCGCAAGUCUGUCGGUCGCAACUGAAGACUCACCUGUCAAACGGCGGAAUCAUUCCUCCGGUGGCCAAACAGAUGCACCAGAAGUGUAUCGACGACUGCGUGCGGCUCUGUCUACAAGAGGCGGAUCUGAGGGCUGACGAGUUGUCUGCGGUGGCCGUUACUGUCAAACCCGGUCUUCCGCUGUCUUUAGUGAUCGGCAGGAAUUACGCCAAGACUUUAGCGCUGAAGUACUCGUUGCCAGUGAUUCCCAUCCAUCACAUGGAAGCGCACGCCUUAAUGGCAACCAUUGAUAACCCAAGUCUUGACUUUCCGUUCGUAACUCUACUGAUAUCCGGCGGUCACUGUCUUCUGGCGAUUGUCCGUAAUAUCACUCGUUAUGAUCUGUUGGGAGAGUCUGUAGACACGGCUCCGGGAGAAGUGAUGGACAAAAUCGCGCGACGGCUAAGACUUCGCAAUUUGGGUCCGCCUUUCGAUGGCAUUAGCGGCGGAGCGGCCGUCGAGUUGUGCGCCAAAAGCGGGGAUCCGUUUAAAUACUUUACAGAC